AUGGAGGGCUCCCACGGAAACCUCGAGGAGGAACUUCAGAGGCUUCGAUGGCACGAGCUCGCCACCUUUUUCCACGGCCAGGGCCGGGGGGAUGCAGAUGACAUCCUAAACUGGUUGCAGCGUGACAACGUGCAGGACUGGAUUGCCCACUACUGGUUUCGUGGAGCCACACCAGACGAGCUGCGGAAAGACAGCCCAGAACAGUUCCAGGAACUUCGUUGCUUGGCGGAGUUGGUCCUGCAGACCUCUGGGCUGCAGAACAUGCGUGAGGGCCGGAACCCAGAUGUGCAGGCCUACCGCGUAUUUUCCGACCCAUUGCCUGUGGUGCAUCGGCCACUGCUUGUCUACGCUGGGACUUCACUGCUAUGCCCACUGAUCUCUUACAAGGUGCUCGACUUCAUUCCGAAGCGCAGUCCCCAAGAUAUCCCGCCUGUUGAAGGGAGCCUGUUGCUGCUAGCAUGGAAGUGUCACAAGAGAGCCGAGGUGAUGCAGUGGCUUGGAUUCCACAGGGAGCGCUCCGGCGGGCUGUGUUACUGGAAGCGUCCUCGACGAAUUGAUGUCGAUCCCCGCGACGAUGUCUCUGCCCCAAGACCCCGCCGCGCUCCCCCGCCCCACCGCAUCGGCGAGUUCCUUCGCUCUGCCCAAGCCAAGCGCACCCUGCGAGCGGCGGCCCCCCGACUCCGCGGCACCUUCCGCGCCAUGCAUCAGUGGGGGGUGGAAACGCCUGGCGGAGCGGAGGCCUUGGUGCACUGGCGCAACACCAUCGAGACGUUGGUGCUUCGCGGCUGCACUCCCCUGAUGGUUGCCUUCGACCUCGACCUUGCCAACAUGUUCGGGGGCAUCGAGUGGCCUGAAAUUCGCGCUGCCGUGCAUCGGCAUUUUCCAGAAGCCGCUCCUUGGGUGACAUGGUGCCACGCAGAACCAAAAAAGUCCAGCUCCCUUGCGGCACCGAGCAUCCCGUCACCCGCGGCGCAGGUCAGGGAGACGUCUACGGCUCUGCACUCGGCUCCCUGGGCUUGGGCGACCGCCUGA